GCGUGCGCAGUGGCCGCUCUGGUCCUCGGAGGGAGGCUGCAGCGGUAGCGGCGGCGCGAUGCCCCGCGACAACAUGGCCUCCCUGAUCCAGCGGGUGGCCCGCCAGGCCCGCCUCACCUUCCGCCCGCCGGGGGGCGGCAGCAACAACGGGCCACGCUUCGCAGAGAACCUGCAGCGUCUGCAGCAGCUGCUGGACGAGGUGCGGGCCGAGGACCUCCGCUUGGCGCCGCGCGGCCCGUCGGUGGGGCCGGGCGCGGUGCAGCCCCCGGUGAGCUACAUGCACAUCUGCGAGACGGACAGCUUCAGCAUGGGCGUCUUCGUGCUGCGCGCCGGCGCCUGCAUCCCCCUGCACGACCACCCGGGCAUGCACGGCCUGCUCAAGGUGCUCUACGGCACUCUGCGCAUUGCCUGCUUCGACGCGGCGGGGGGCGGCGGAGCCUCUGGCGAAGGCGGCCAGAGCAGCGCCGCUUCUGCCCCCGGGUCGUCGCCGAAGCCGCGCCGCCACCGCGCCCUGCUGCGAUCGCGCCAGCUCUACACGCCCGCCUCGGCCCCGUGCCGCCUCUCCCCGCACGCCGACAACCUGCACCAGAUCGACGCCGUCGGCGGCCCGGCCGCCUUCCUCGACAUCCUCGCGCCUCCCUACGACCCCGAGCACGGGCGGGACUGCCACUACUACUGCUUGGGCGACGGGCAGAGCCUGGACGCCGACGCCCAGGGGCUGCCCAAGGAGGUGUGGCUGCACGAGACCCCGCAGGCCCCAGACUUCUGGUGCGGGGGCGAGCCCUACCCAGGGCCCCGCGUGUCGCCCUGAAGGGUGGCCUCUGAGGAGACCGGGCCUGCUGGCCUGCCUGCUCCACUGGAGGGGACUGCUGGAAGAGACUUCAACAGCCAGCCUUCCCUCCCUGAUGAAGCUGGGAGGAGGAGGCCUGGCCUGGCCUGGCCAGUUUCUUGCCCCAAGCCCUUCACUCUUGGCUGCACUGGAGACCUUCCAAGCCAUGGUUAUCCUGUCUUUUCCCUGACCAGAUGCUUGCCUGAAUGGUCAUCUUGGGAGCCACCCAUUUGGGGUACUUCACAGCAGAUGGCACAGAAGGCAAGUGGUCCUCAAGAGCAUCUCCAUGUGUUGGGAUGCAGGACCACGUGCACUUUCUUGUAUGGCUUUAUAAUCUCCUUGGGGCUCUGAGAGCAUUCAGAAGCACAAGCCUGAGACAACACACCACUGUUGUGAAAAGCAGGUUCUCCACAACCCACCAACAUGCUACAUUUCAAAUUGUGCAUGCACAAGAAGGUCUUUGUGGGAGCCUGGCUCUUGGCCUUUCCCGCAGCACACAGCAGCCGACUAAUGCUCAGCACAGGAACAGAGAACACUUAAGUUGAUCCCUGUCUUUUGAGACCAAUUAAUAUCAGUUGCUUUGUGGUGGAUGCACCUCAGUUACAUGGAGCUGGGAGAAGUGGCAUCAUCAAACCGGGACAUGGCUUGCAUCCCAUUUCAUAUCCUUGCAGGGAAACUACAUAACUUUCCAGUUCUGUGGGUGCAAAGCUCUUGGGUGCCGUCAUAUUUAUUUCUACUAAUUGAUGUGAAGAUCUGGGAGAGCAAUAACAUUUCACCAUUCAGGCAUCAAGACAGUGGUUUUAGCUUAAUUUAGAAAUACACUUUGAAGUUUCACUUUUUCCCUUCUGCUACAGCUAAAAGAAUAAAGACAGUAAUAAUUCCAAGGCCUCUGACAAAAGAACAGAUAGUUUCUCAGCAGUUCCCGCAUCCAUUCAGGAUAACGUCCUCAUUCCCAGAUGGCAUUGGGAGGGAGAGAUUUAUGCAACAGAUUAUACCAAAUGGGCUGAAGUGCAACAGUUUACUUUGAUUUAACACUAACUGUUGGAUUUAUAGUUAAAAUGAAUGUUUAAUUCUGCAUACAGAUGCUGUCAGGUUGAAUGUGAUCUUAUCAAAAAGUAUAACUGUGUUAAGAGAACAUGUUUUAGGUAUUAAAAAUGGUAAUUCCUAGAUAAGGGUGUUCGUACCAUUCUUUAAAAUGCAGUGAUGGAAAAAUUUUCCAAUUGUUUUUGCUGUAAAGGUUCAUUCACUGUAUUUGGGAGCGGGUGACGUUACACAACAUGGAACAGAUGGUGUUUUUGACACUUGAGCUUCUGGUGCCAGCCUUCUAUAGAAGAAUGUGAUGGUUUUGAAGGAUUAUGGCUUGAGUCGUGCUCUUUAGUUUUGUUUUUGAAACCUUGUAUAAACAGAUGUACUUAAAAGUAAUUUUUUUACUAUUUAUAAUUAACUUUGUAGAACUUCUGUUAAAAAAAAGAAAAUUGAAUCACUCUCCUGUUUCAGCAUGGCAUUCCCUGUCCUUAGCACAAAGGGAUGUCUUUUCAGUGGGUGAAUGCUUUCUGGCUGCAGUAUUUGCCCUGACACCUUCUGAUCUAGGCAUCUGUGUCGGCAUCUUUUAAUGCUAAGGUAUUCUAAAGGGCAUACCAACCUUUUGUGAAAUUUGAUCCAAGAUUGAGUGAUUGCUGGCUGUUUUUAUAUCAGCAAAUUUAGAGGUGCUUUUCUUGUCGGGAUUAUGCAGGUGCACAAACUGCGCUUUGGGUUUUAAUAAUUUUGGUUGUCAUUACUGCCUAUCAGAUGAGGGAGGAAAUGCAACAUCCAGUGCGUAUUAAGCAAACCUCCAUCUGAUUAAUGACUUAACUUGUAUCAGUUGUGAUCAUGUUUAAUCUUUUUGCAGUAUAAAGCUGUGUUCUUGAAA